CGCGGCCGCGCCAUGGGGCCGGGCCCGGCCCGCCCCUUCCUCCGCGCCGCGCCCGCAGCCGCGAUCGGGGAUCCGGGAUCCGGGGCCGCAGCUCAGCCAUGCCGAAACACGAGUUCUUUGUGGACAUGACCUGUGAAGGCUGUUCCAAUGCGGUCACCCGUGUCCUGCACAGGCUGGGAGGUGUCAACUUUGACAUUGACCUGCCCAACAAGAAGGUGUGUAUCGACUCGGAGCACAACGUUGACACCCUGUUGGAAACCCUCAAGAAGACUGGAAAGAAUGCUUCCUACCUCGGGGAGAAGUCUGCACAGUAGCCUUGCCUGGUGUGAGGAGCUAGGACCUCAAACAUGACUUCAGCAAAAAGAUGGCUUAACUGUUUGCAUGUUUCCCGACUUGCUGUGUCAUUUGACCUUUACCAGAUGUCGGAAAGUAGAGGGCUGGUGGGAGGAGACUGCUGUGCCUUGGGCUUUAGAAGUGGAGAGAUCUAGAGGAGGAGGUUAUGUCGUGUUUCUAGUCCCACAGUAAAUCGAGGCGCUGCUUUUAACUUUCA